AAAUGGAGAUUGUGUAAUGGUAAGGAGUCGCAUUCGGAAUUUAGAAAUAAAUAAAAACUUGAAUAACUUUGGCAUAAAUGUAUGAAUAUCGAUCUCUUUUAAAAAGAUCAAAUCAACGUAACCUGUGUUUUAUGGUUACGAACUUUGGAAUUCAUAAUAUUACAACUGGUUGCAAUCUUCAUAGCUACCCUUCCAUCACAUCACACAAGUCACAACGAUAUGAGAGUCUCAUCAGACAAAAAUGAGGUUGAUGGAAGAAGUGAGGAACAAAAGAGGAUCGAUGAAUGGCUUCCCAUUACUUCUUCGAGGAAUGCAAAAUGGUGGUAUUCUGCAUUUCACAAUGUUACCGCUAUGGUUGGUGCUGGUGUACUCGGUCUCCCUUAUGCAAUGGCAGAGCUCGGAUGGGGACCUGGUAUAGCACUGCUGGUUGUAUCUUGGGUUGUAACAUUAUACACCCUAUGGCAAAUGGUUGAGAUGCAUGAAAUGGUUCCAGGUAAACGUUUCGAUAGAUAUCACGAACUGGGGCAGCAUGUUUUUGGUAAAAAGAUGGGGCUAUAUAUCGUGGUGCCUCAACAACUGGUUGUUGAAGUUGGCCUUGACAUUGUUUAUAUGGUGACUGGAGGAAAAUCACUACAGAAGAUCCACGAUUUAGUCUGCACUGACAAUUGUGUAGAAAUCAAACUGACCUACUACAUCAUGAUGUUUGCCUCUGUCCAUUUUGUGCUCUCUCAUCUUCCCAAUUUCAAUGCCAUAUCUGGUGUGUCUUUGCUAGCAGCUAUCAUGUCCUUAAGCUACUGUAUCAUUGCUUGGGCGGCUUCAAUUGAAAAGGAUAAGCAACCAGAUGUGAGUUACGCGUACAAGGCUAAAAACCCAGGGGAAGGUGUUUUCAACUUUUUCAGCGGAUUAGGAGAAGUGGCUUUUGCAUACGCGGGUCACAAUGUGGUGUUGGAGAUUCAAGCUACAAUCCCUUCAACACCGGAGAAGCCAUCUAAAGGACCUAUGUGGAAGGGAGUCGUUGUUGCUUACAUUAUUGUGGCUCUAUGUUACUUCCCAGUUGCACUUAUCGGCUAUUACAUAUUCGGGAAUUCAGUAUCAGACAACAUUCUCAUCUCUUUGAACAAACCUACUUGGCUCAUUGUCAUGGCCAAUGCCUUUGUUAUUCUCCACAUCAUUGGGAGCUAUCAGCUCUAUGCAAUACCGGUGUUUGACAUGGUUGAGACUUACCUUGUAAAGAACCGUAAGUUCAAGCCAACAUGGUACUUGAGAUUUAUCACCAGGAACCUUUAUGUGGCUAUCACAAUGUUUAUUGGAAUCAUCUUCCCUUUCUUUGGGGGGCUGCUUGGAUUCUUUGGAGGUUUUGCUUUUGCUCCAACAACCUAUUUUCUCCCUUGCAUCAUGUGGCUUGCAAUCUACAAACCAAAGAAAUGGGGUCUCUCUUGGACUACUAACUGGUUUUGCAUAAUACUGGGAGUUUUGCUGACUAUUUUAGCACCAAUUGGCGGCUUAAGGACCAUCAUUGUACAAGCCAAGACGUACAAGUUCUUCUCUUAGACAUUUUCCCAACUUCCAUUAGCUUAGGAGAAUCUCAUGUAGCAUUCAAGUCCAAGAAAAGGGACAUAAUUGAGACGAAUAUUAAGGUCUCAUGAUCAUCUUUAGUUGAUGUGCAUUUCUUCUAGUGUCUUACAAUGUAAAUGGAGUAACAAAACUUUGUCAGCUAUAGCAACUUUUAGUGUC